GAGUGGGAGAUGUCUAUAGACCGCGAGGGAGGGAGGAGUUGGGUGUUGCCUCUGUCUCCAAACUGUAGUCAGGAUUCCCAGUCGAGACUCAGCUCCGUUACACACCGCGAGACCUUGCCUGCUACCGCCGUCCUGUGAGCUCUGCACCGAAUAAAUUUGACUAACGUUAACCGACCACAAUGGGAGUCGAAGGCUGCACCAAAUGCAUCAAGUACAUGCUUUUCUUCUUCAACUUCAUCUUCUGGCUUGCAGGAGGUGUUAUCCUGGGCGUGGCCCUAUGGUUGAGACACGACCCCAAGACCAGCAACCUGCUGGAGCUGGAAUUUGAUGGAGCCCAUGCCCCCAGCACCUUCUACAUCAGUGUCCACAUCCUGAUCGCUGUCGGCGCGGUGAUGAUGGUGGUCGGUUUCCUCGGUUGCUAUGGUGCCAUCCAAGAGUCCCAGUGUCUACUGGGAACUUUCUUCGCCUGCCUGGUCAUCCUGUUCGCCUGUGAAGUUGCAGCUGGAAUCUGGGGCUUCAUGCACAAAGACACAGUGUCGAAGGAGAUGAUCAACUACUACGACUCUGUGUACGAGAAGGCCGUGACACAAAGCAUCACUGACCAGGACAAGAAAACAGCUGCCGCCUCCGUGCUCAAGGUCUUCCAUGAGACGCUGAACUGCUGCGGUAAAGGCCAGGGCACGGCCUUUUUAACACGGAUCACAGACUCAAUGGGCCUGACUGAACUCUGCCCCAGCUCUGGAACUACAGUCGAUUGCCACAAGAGGAUCGACGAACUGUUCACAGAUAAGAUCUACCUGAUUGGUGUCGCCGCUCUGGUUGUUGCAGUUAUUAUGAUCUUCGAGAUGAUCUUCAGCAUGGUGUUGUGCUGCGGGAUCCGCAACAGCCCGGUGUACUAAAGCGACGCUCGCCAAAUGAAGGAAGGACAACGUCUCUGUCUCUUUCGUUUUUCCUUUUCUUUUAGAAGCAGAAACACGUCACAUAUAUUGCUUGCUGGAUUUAGUCAGCUCUUUGAGAAGACAAACGUAAAACCAUCCUCCAUUGAGCAUUUUAUAUAUAUAUAUAUAUAUAUAUAUAUAUAUUACAACUGUCAAUUCUCUUGUUUUGUUAGUCACAGAUGCUGUUAUGCAUAUUUGACCCGUGCUAUCCUAACCUGAUAUGUAGAUAUUAUAUCACACGGUCACACAUGAAUGCCAUUCACAAGUUGGUGCUCUAAUCCUUUAGUGACGCGUUAGUUGUUUUACUGCUCUCCUUGCCUAUGAACAUGUCUUUUUUUUUUCACUGUUUGAUGUAUAAACUGUAUAUAAAUAUAUAUAUUAACAGUGCUUUAUGACUGCCUAAGCAUGGAAAUUGUACUACAGUAGGUCUUUCUCCUGUAUUCUUCUCUUCUCUGCACUCUCUGCUUGUCUGUCUUUGCUCUAGACUGAACCAGAUGAUGGCGUCCCCUAACCUACAGACCAUUGUCUCGGUUUUCCCCCCGUACUAGUGUGGGAUGACUGACUGUCACCGACUGUCUAACAAAAGGAAUCUCAGUUAAUCUUGGAAGCUGGAACCAAACUCAAAAUGACCUGAUGUCUGUCAUUUUGGCAUUUUGGCCCUGUGGCGUUGUUUGUUGGUUUGUUGGUUUGUUGUUCAUCGUGUCUCCGACGCUGUCUGAGUGCUCAGUUGUACAAAACAUGUGAGGAAGCUGUUUCCCCUCGGUAGUGUGCUUUAGAUUUCUUUACACACAAAUUAAGUUGCGUAAUGUUGAAUUCAGGACAAUGAUUAAUCGAUUAGUUGUCAACUGUCAAAUUAAUCCCCAACUUUUUUGAUAACUGAUUCAUCGUUUUGAGUCAUUCUUUCAUGAAAAAGUCAAAGUUCUAUGAUUGGAGCGUCU